AGAUAUUUAUUUAGUAAUCUCUAUAUUUUACAUGUCAAAACAUUACAGGGAAUCAAAAGGAAACAUAACCACAUGUUUAGUGGAUAGAUUGGCUGGUCCAUUGCAUUAUGUUUGCAGCUCCUUUAUGAAAAAAAAAGAAAAGCAAAAACACAUGUAGGGUCUAUACCCAUCAAAGUAAAUGGUAAAUGGCCUGUAUUUGUAUAGCGCUUUUCUAUAAAACUUUAAUGAUUUAGCUUUCCUAUUAGUUAUAAUCCCAUCAGUGAUAAUAAUGCACAUCAAUAUAGGCAUGGACAAAAAACUGAAACUAGACCCUGAAAAGUUUAUAUAUUUACUUAUAAUGUAGCACUUUUCACAAACAGACAGUCACAGUGUUUUGUACAAAAUAAAAAGUAGGAAUAACCAGAAAUAAAAAUAUAAUAGCAACUUAAAAUGAAGUUUAAAGCAAAAAACCCCAACAUGUUAGAAAAGAGAACACCAAAAAAAAUGCGAGAAUAACAUAAUCUUAGUAGAAAUCUGCUUUUUACAGAGGUGGUGUGUGUCAAAGGCGGAAAAUUCAGCCUACUCCUAAAAGGAAAAAGAAGUUGAGAUAGAGGAUCAUGUGGGGAUGCACACAGCUCAUUUCUUUGCCCAGAGGAACUGUUGCAAAUAUUUGAAAUAGCCCAGUACAAAACUUUUGCUUUUCACAUGCUUUUCAGUACUGAAAACAGUCUGUAGAAUACAUUAAGGAGAAAAACUAAAAAUCAGUUACGGGAGGGCAUGGUUGCAGUAAAACUGAUUAAAUUUAUGGUAACAUUUUCAAGAGACUACCUUUAUAUUUACAGUUGGUCCUAUUAAAAGGCAGUUUUAUUUAGCCAUUAAUGCUAUCUAGUCAGGAUACAUCUGGACUAGACAUUUGUUCCUAAAUUGCCACAAAGUUGGAGCUGAGAAAGGCACGUCCAGCUACUAUUGAAACAUUUAGCUGGCGGUUUUUCCACUACACAGACUUUAAGGUAACUACAGUCUCUCCGGUUAGUCUCCGCCCCUCCUCAGAUUGAGUGUAGUUGGCUAAAAACUUGCAUGAUAUCUCUCGACUGUGUGCAUUUUUUUGCCGAUUAUCUUCCACAAUAGAACAUCAACAUCUCUGAAGGUCUAAAUUUUAAGAGCAGAAUGUCUAAAAGUGAGCCAGAAGAGAUGAUAGAGAUCGAGAUAGAUGAACGGGAGAAACAGGCAUGCCUGGAAGAAGGUGUUGAGGAGCAGACCAUCACUGCGUCAGACUUGAUUCAGCAAGAUAUCGACAUAAACGAACCAAUUGGUAAUCUGAAGAAGCUUUUGGAGCCUCGUAUCCAAAUCUCAUUGGAUGCUUAUGAAAUUUGUUUGCAGGACAUUCAGCUCCACCCUGAUCACAGUCUCUUCGAUCAGGGAGUAAAGACCGAUGGCACAGUGCAGCUCAGCCUGCAGAUAAUAACCAAACCAGGAGAGGAGAGGUUGAACAUCUUGGAGAUUGUAAAGCCAGUAGAAACAGUUGAAGUAGUGAUUGAUCCAGAUGCAGCAGGGGAAGAGGGUGCUCUGGUGGAGGAGGGACAGCUUAUUGCUGUAGAGCGGUCUUCCCUGUCUGAUGAGACCUCAGAGCAGGUUACACGUUGGGCCGCAGCUCUCGAAGGCUACCGGAAAGAGCAAGUCCGCCUGGGCAUACCGUACGACCCUAUGCUCUGGUCUGCUGAUCAGGUGAUCCACUGGGCUGUGUGGGUAAUGAAAGAGUUUAACAUUGAUGAGAUGGAAAUAGGAAGCAUUCACAUCCAGGGGCGAGACCUCUGCACUUUCACUCAGGAGGAGUUCCUUCAGAAAGUGCCCAAUGGAGAGAUACUCUGGAGUCACCUGGAACUCCUUCGCAAAUACGUGUUGGCCAGCCAGGACCAGUCUGGAGGAGACGCCACCGUCACGAUUGAUCAGCCUGUGCAGAUAAUCCCAGCUCAAGUGAGCACACCCACUGCUAUAAAGGUGUUGAAACAGAACCGUGGUCCCAGAGCACCUCGCAUUUCAGGAGGGGAGGAGCGCAGCUCACCUGGGAACCGUACAGGUAACAAUGGUCAGAUCCAGCUGUGGCAGUUUCUGCUCGAGCUGCUGACCGACAAGGACGCAAGAGACUGCAUCUCCUGGGUAGGCGAGGAGGGAGAGUUCAAACUCAACCAGCCUGAGCUCGUGGCACAGAAAUGGGGGCAACGCAAGAACAAGCCUACCAUGAACUAUGAGAAGCUCAGUCGAGCCCUCAGAUACUACUACGACGGGGACAUGAUCUGCAAGGUGCAGGGAAAGCGCUUUGUCUACAAGUUUGUGUGUGACCUGAGGACUCUGAUUGGCUACAGCGCUGCUGAGCUCAACAGCCUGGUGACCGAGUGCGAGCAGAAGAAACUGGCUCGCAUGCAGAUGCACGGCAUCGGGCAGCCGAUCACUACAGUGACCCUGGCCACCACGACGCUAGACAAGGACAGCUGAAGGUCGUCACAUUAUAGCGCUUGUCAGGUGUUGCGGACAAAACGUGCGCUCCACUGCUGAUAAAAAACGUCUCUCAGACACAGAAAUGCAAAGCUGGUCUCUGAUCAGCGUGGAUUACCACCUUUAUUAUUGUCUUUACAGUUUGAUUCAAGUUAGACUGAGACAGGUGAAGUUUUUUUUUAGCUUUUCUGUUACUCUAACCAAGAGAAGAGUGUUCAGGAUGAAGGGAGAAUGUCUUUCUGAUUACUGAUUGUUGCGUGCAUGUCAUUGAAUGCUUGAGUGUGACUGAAAAAUCCAGUUAAGAGCUUUGUGUUGUGUGUUCCUUGUCUGUAGUUAGGACCAUUUCCACUGUAUAUACCGGUAUUUCAUGUUUUUGAUAGCCACAAGGGCAAGUGUAUUUUCAUAUUUUCCAUUUAUAGAGGACCCGUUUUGUAUUUUAUUUAGUGUUUGUUCCCUGAAUUAUUGGACCCUUUUUGUCCACUGGGGGAAUAAAGUGGCAAGCAUUUUCUUAA